AUGAUUCGUGCAGCAUCCAAACAAUGCUUACAGAGUCUGCCACAAAGGCCUGUAGUCAGUGCGGCAGCUCUGAGACGGGGUUUCGCAAGCGGCAAGCCUGAACCGUCACAGGAAACACAAGCCAAGGAACAGAUCUCGCAGAAGGACAACGCAUCUGCUACAGAAGAGUCGAAACAAGCCAAGCCUUCAGGUCGCAAAACUAUGGCAGAACUAGAUGAGGAAGUGAAGCUGAAGCUGGCUGGCCUGGCUGGAGAUGGCGGAGAGGCGGGCGUCGAGUACGAGGAUGGACAGCCAGUUGCGAUGAAGCGCAGCGUCAAAAACAAUAUGUUCCGAUACAUAUAA